AUGUCGUCCUACUACACCUCGCCGCCGUCCUCGCCGAUGGCGAGCUUCUUCCCGACGGGCCCCGCGGCGCCGCACGCGUUCGCGUCCUUCCAGCAGGACCCGCGCGAUGCGCAAUCCAUGUAUGCCGCGCUCCGGCCGAGCAAUGCGCACAACGCUGCGCAGGGCCAGCGCAGCCAGGCGAGCCACACCGGCUCGCUCAAGAAGGUGUUCGGCAAGUAG